AGAUAUUUUUUGUUCUUUAAUUCCUGGUGUUAUUAUGAGUACUUGGUAGUGGCAAUUUUCAACUGUGCUUUUGAAGCUGACUCUCUUCUUUCUUGUAGGGACAUUUCUUGAACUCACCCCCACACCCCUACCCCCACUACUCUCUCCAUGGCUACUGAAAGCUUCAACCAACUUCCAUCAUACCCAGAGAUGAUUUAUGAAGCCCUUGAUGCACUAAAUCAAGAAGGGGGUUCAAACAAGUCAGCAAUAACCAAGUACAUUGAGUCAAAGUAUGGAGACCUAAGUGAAGAUGUUACAAAGCUGUUAACUUUACAUUUAGACAACAUGAAACAAAAUGGUGACCUUAUUUUCCUCAAGAACAAUUACAUUAAACCUGGUCCAGAUGUUCCACCAAAAAGGGGUCGUGGUAGACCACCAAAACCCAAAGUUCCAUUGCCACCUGGUGCAGAAACUGUUGAAUCUGCACCACCAAAACCAAGAGGAAGACCAAGAAAAGACCCCAAUGCACCACCUACUACUUCAAAGAAGCCAAAACCAGCACCUGCUGUGGGUCCUGAUUCGACCGGUGUUGGUUCUACUACAGGGAGGCCUAGAGGUAGGCCUAGGAAAGUUAGGCCACAGCCUGCUCAUGAUGAUGAUGUAGAGGAAAGCUGAAAAAUUGAAGGCUUGUUUUAUUGAUGGUGAUGACUCUAAUGACUUAGUUGUCUUAUUUUCCUUUUCUUUAGGUAGUAGUAGUAUUAUCUUCUGUAAUAGUUUCGGUAAGAGUUGUUGUGUGACUAGGGGUCAUGGUUUUCAAUGCUUUGCAAAUAGUCUCUUCUAGAAAUGCAAGCUAAGACCGUGUACAUCAAACUAAUUGUGCCAUGGUGUGAUAUGGUCACGGUUUUAGUUGUAUUAUCUUCCUCUUUUAGAUAUUAGUAUUAUCUUUGGUAA